CACCCACAUACAGUUGAGUCUGAGGUCCAGCCCCCUUUCAGUAGCACUCAGUGCCAGAUCUCAGGGAAGUAGUGUCCUUCUCACAACACAGCUCGUGUUACUGAGCUGAAAGGCAGAGAGGCAUGGGUUGGGGGAAGAAUGUUCCUCUGCUGGGGCUGAGGACGGGGAUGAAGAUGGGGCAGUGUCUGGGACAGGGUCUGCUGGCCCUGCUGUGCUGCCUGGCCCUGUGUCCGGGGCCUGUCCAGGGGGAAAAGGUCUUGGUGAUGCCUGUAGAUGGGAGCCAUUGGCUGAGCAUGAAGCUGCUGGUGAAGGAGCUGGCGGCCAGGGGCCAUGAGAUGGUGGUGCUGGUCCCUGAGACAUCCAUCCUCAUCCAGGGCUCUGACUACUAUAGGACUGAGACCUUUAGUGUCCCUUACAGCAAGGCCCAGCUGGACGAGAGCAUCAACAAACUGAAGGAUGGCGUGUUUCUCAAGAUGCCGGAGGUAAUGGAUAUAUUUGUGAAUGUGCAGCGUCUGGUUGACUUCACCACCAUGCAGGUGAAAGGCUGUGAGGGUCUGCUGUAUGAUGAACCCCUGAUGCAGCGCCUCAGAGGAGAAGGGUUCCAGCUUAUGUUGACGGAUCCCUUCCUACCCUGUGGAUCCAUCAUUGCUGACUCCUUCAACAUCCCAGCAGUGUACUUCCUGAGGGGGAUCCCCUGUGGGCUGGAUGACAGGGCUGCCCAGUGCCCCACUCCCCCCUCCUAUGUACCACGCUUCUACUCAGGCAACACUGACCACAUGGACUUCCUAGGGAGGGUUAAGAACAUGGUGAUGUACAGUCUGGAGAGCUACCUGUGUACAGUAAUGUUUACCAGCUUUGACAAGCUGACUAGUAGGUAUCUGGAAAAGGACAUGACGUACAGGGAGCUGCUGGGACACGGUGCUAUCUGGCUGCUGAGGUAUGACUACUCCUUUGAAUAUCCCAAACCCAGGAUGCCCAACAUGGUCAACAUAGGAGGCAUCAACUGUGGUAAAAGAGCUCCACUGCCACCGGUGAGUCUCUUGUAAAAAUGUUUUAUAUCAAACAACUGUGCAGAAACUUCCACUGUCCAGAGUUUUGCACCCUAUAUGUUGUAUGGAUCCAGGUCCAGAAACCUUAAAGGAAAACUCCACCCAAAAACUAUCGUUUGGUAUUUGUUUCAUUAGUCCAUUGUUGAUAUAGUCCCAAAAUGUUUUGCAUGUCAGCAAUCACAUUUUCAAGAUAUAUAACUUUCAUAAUACAGAAAUACAGCCGGUAUUAUGCAUUUUGCAUCAUAUGAUGCAGCGUUUUGCAUCAAAUAAUGCCAAAUGCAUCAGACCAGCUGUAUUUCUGUAUUUUUAAAGUUAUAUAUCUUGAAAACUUGAUUGCUGACAUGAAAAUCAUUUUGGGACUAUAUCAACAAUGGACUAAUGAAAUAAAUACCUAAAUAUAGUUUUGGGGUAGAAUUUCCUAUAAGGGAUAGAUUCACUGCAGUGGUAGUUGUACCACAGCAGGAUAAAAUACAGCAAACUUUCAACUUGUUUACAUAUUUCAAGAUAUCAAAUUCUUAUUUUAUUAUUUGGGACAAUAUCCCUUUUCAAGAUCUUUAUGUUCUGACAUGUGUUCUCUGAAUCCCUUAUUUUUAUAUUCUUAAAGAGACAGUCAGUCAAAGUGUUGGAUGUAGUCCUCCACUACAGAUGUUGUCAGACACUUAGGCCUGUUUGACACUCAAAUAGCGGCUGGCUGUAACCUGAUCUGUGUUUCCUCCAUGAGGACUGACUCGACAUAGCUCAGUGUUUAUCUACCAAGUUCAGCUCCCCCUCACGUUACACAACAUAAAUUACAUUUCAACCUCAUUUGCCUUGCAAUCUGUUAACAAAACGUGAAACAUAGUGUAGACUAGAGAACCAGCUACUUUCCUGUCAAUUCUGUAUUAAAAGAUGCUUAAAAUGAUUAAAAGACAAAAAAGCGAAUGUGAUUGCGAUGAAUUGUGUUUGGGAAAUAAGAAUAGACAUUGUUUUAAAAAGGUAGUGAUAAUAUUUCAUUCAGUACAGAAAUGUGUAGGCGGCUUAACUUACCCUGUCCUGCGGCUCAACUUGUUGUGCCAAGAGACCACCUUUUUUGGACAAGCUAUGUUUUCAAAUCUGUAAUGUUUACAUGAAUUCUGAUUAUUUCCCGGGAUACAUAACAUCCUGAAAUAUAUGUAGAUAUAUUUGUCAGAAAGAAUAGUAUAUUUCCCUUGACAGAGUGAUGCUGAAUCAGAAAAAUGGCUUGACUUACCCCACUCUCCCCUACUGAUAACAGAUGCCAGAGUGCUAUAGGGAUCAUGCCAAACAAGUUAUUCUGACAAUGUUUUAAGGUGUAUAAGAAUCAAUGCACCAAUAGGAAUUCUGCGUAAUUACACACUUUCAAAUGGAGUUACUGAAAACAGUUCUAGUUUAAUUGAGAUGUGUGUUUUUCUAACCCCAUCAUUGAGCUUGGAGAAGGCAAAAAGAACAAAGAAGAUCUGCAGGGAAACAUUGGUGUAGUUCUUCAUAUUUUGUAGAAAGAGAAGUGUUGCUCAACAUUAAUGUUGGGAGAGCAUUCCUCUCUCUUCUCUAAACAUUAUUGUUGUAUCCCAAAUGGCACCGUUUUCCCUAUAUAGUGCACUACUUUUGACCGGGCCCAUAGGGCUCUAGUCAAAAAUAGUGCACUACAUAGGGAAUGGGGUACCAUGUGGGACACAGGUUCUGUGCAGCCAGUGAAACCUGAGCCAGGAACAGCAGUUCUUUCCUCCUGGACUGUGGCCAUUAUAAUCUAACAGAGGAACUGAGGGGCCCUAUUGUGUUCUUCCAACCCUACAAACCUCAAGAAGGGAAACUACGCUGCAGGGAUAUUUCUGUAGUGUUGGGGUUAGGGUUUAGUAUGCUGUGAUUGUUAUAGGGUUUAUUAUGCCUUUAUCUUGUAUGAUUACAGGGCGUGUUAUCAAUGCAUGGCCUCCUUUCACAACCUUACCCUUCAUUAGCCAAUGUUUUACUAACCAAACCAACGACUGUUCUAACACUGAUGUAUGGAAGUUAAACAGACAUUAUAUUGUCCAAUGUGAAAUGUUGAUGGCUACUAUGAGGGAAGGUUUCAGAGUGAGAGUACACACCAGUUGCUGUCUGUGUUUUCUGCCUGUGUACAUACGAUCCCAUUGCAUAGUGUGAAGAUAUUUCAAAGGAUCUACUAGCAAUAACUGUGAUAUGUGGUUGUACUUUCCUACUAAACUUAAUUGAAUGCAAUGACUGUAAGUCACUGGAUAAGAGCAUCUGCUAGAUGACUAAAAUAUUAAUGUAAAAUGUUCUUGUUAACUAACCAUUCCCCCCGUGCCUCUUCAGGACCUGCAGGAGUUUGUGGAUGAGUCAGGAGAGGAUGGCUUCGUGGUCUUCACUCUGGGCUCUUUGGUCUCCCAGAUGCCAGAGGAGAGAGCCAAGCAGUUCUUUGAUGCCUUCAGCAGGAUCCCUCAGAGGGUAAGGACACCGCGAAUACAUCCCAAAUGGCACCCUAUUCCCUACAUAGUGCACUACUUUUGACCAGAGCUGGCCAAAAGUAGUGCACUGUAUCAUUCUACAGAAGUGGUGUAAAUUGGGGGUCUCCCAAACUUUCAGCACACGUCUUCAAAAAUACAGUACGUCAGGUAGACAUAUAUGCUACUCACACACGUUGUUUGUAUUGCAUAUUUGAAAUAUUUACCUUCAUUCCUUACCACCCCAGUAAAUGUGUCACUACCGAAACAUACUGAAAAAGUUGCAAUAAAAGGGAGAACCAUGCACAGUAGGGAUAAUUUUGAUUAAACUUCUAUUACAGAUUAAUUGUAACAUUUUUAUUUGCAUAACAAAAUAACAAAAUGGCAAAAACAUGAUUUUUAACCUGAUUUUAAAAACCUUUAAAUCGAAUUUAGAGAAACAUAAUCUAUUGUUUUCUGUAAAAUGUAAAAUGUUGAUUGUAUGAACAUGAAACUUGUUAAUUGAUUGAAUUACUUAUGCAUUGAAUUAAUUAUGUUGUUAGAUGUUUAAAUUAUCACUUUACCUAUCUUUAUUUUGGCCAAAAAAAUGGCGUUUCGGUCUUAAGUGUCAAUCACAGAGAUAAAAGAACUCUAGAUGGAAAUAACUCGUUUUGCUAUAGACAUUGCCAUUGAGGGCUUCCACCAUUUAAAGGGGAACUGCCUCCUAGAACCAACUUCUCUGGUUAUAAAUGGCCUAUGUGCCAUCGAUAUGAGUCAGAAACAUUAAUUCUAGUGUCAAAGUUUACUACAAUGUGUAAAUAGGAUAAUUUUGGUCAGAAAGUCAGUCUCGUCCAAAACGAGAUUUGGAAGUAAGUGCGUCACAACGGGUAUGGAUGGGUUGGGUAUGGAUUACUUAAAUGCCCACUUUUGCCAUCGAUGUUCAAUAGCCCAGAGACAACAAGGUGUGGUCCACCCCCAGCUGCCAUGUGUUAUGGACAUGUUGUCAAGUCUGUAACACACUCACACUUGCAAACUUCUAAUGCAAUAUUGCGCAAGAUGGCAAGGAAUGGAUUACAUAUGACAAGCGUACGACAUGAGGCAACAAUGCCCAUAUGUCGAUUCACAGUUAGUUAUACAAUGGGUGGGUCUAAUCCUGAAUGCUGAUUGGUUAAAACCGCAUUCCAGCUGGUGUCUAUUCCACAAGUUACCACCGGCUAAGUCAAUGACGUUAAAAUGCCUAUUUACUCUUUUCCAUCUGACUGCGCAAUCCACUGUCUCAUCAGCCCAGCCAGGCACUUUAUAAACUUGAUCUCCACUAUAAAAAGCAUCUAGACAUUAUCUCAAAUCUCUUUUAGACUAACAUUUAGUUUUCAACAGCGGAGAUUUGUAUACACCUUGCUGUCGGUCUCUCCGACAUUUGCAAUAUUGUUUCAAUAUUCAAAUUCGAUCUCCAGCUGUCCCAUAGUAAUGAACGUGUCGGGAGUCGGGACGAGACAGACAGGCAGGCAGCGUUUCUCAGCCAGUCGAAAUCAUGAAUCAGCUGGCAUCAUUUUUAUGGAUAUAUACAAAUAAAUGUCAAUUGAAAAAAGGUAAUACGAAAUGAGGUGCAGCUAGUUUGCAGUCUUUCCAGCUUCAGUUUGAAGUGAUUGUGUUAGCUGUGUUGUUGGCUAGCUCCUCUCAACAACAGUGUCCUGACGAGUGAGCACAUUUUCUAUGCCAGGCAAAAUCGCGCCUCAUUAGCUCAUUGUUAUGGAUGUAUCCAAAUAAAUGUCACUAGAAAACAGCUUAAACAAAUGCAAAUGAGGCUACUUUGUUGUUAUUCUGGCUGCACUGUUUGACGUGACUAAGAUAGCCGUAGUUGUCUAGCUAGCGAGCAAGGGAAAAGAACAUUGCCAGCCAGUAUGGCAAUGGAACAUUUAGGACGAACGACUGGGUCGUGUCCAUAGAUACAGAACAAAAAAAGAGCUCGAUGGGACAAGGACAUCCCGGCCGGCAAAACCCUCCUCUAACCCGGACGACGCUGGGCCAAUUGUGCGCUGGGUCUCCCGGUCAUGGGUCUCCCGGUCACGGCCGGCUGUGACACAGCCUGGGAUCGAACCCAGGUCUGUAGUGACGCCUCAGCCUUAGACCGCUGCGCCACUCGGGAGGCCCCAAAAUAAUGUUUUUAAUGAAAAUGUCAAUCAUUAUUUGAAUAUGUUGGUAACCCAUUGUAUAAAAGUGAUAAUGCACUCAAGAGGUUCUAUUUAAGUGAUAAUGCCCUCGAAGCCGGUGUUUGGAGGAUAUAUUGGCACGGUUUGCUGGCCCUCGACGAAACAACACCCGUGCCAAUAUAUCCUCCAAACACUGGCUUCGAGGGCAUUAUCACUUAAAUAGAGAUGUUCUAUUAUUACAUUGAAAGAUACUGAUCUAAUUAUUAGUUUUGUUUAUUUUUAAACAUCUUUCUCUGAAAAAUGCUGUCCCCACUUUUGAAGUCAUUACCGAAACACACACUUUAAAAGACUGUAGAAUGAAUGUGCCACAAUCCUACAAAUAUCACCAGGUAGACACUGUUAAAACAUUAGCACGGAGAAAAGCACCAGGAAUGGAUGGCUUUCCCAUAGAAUUAUAUUUACAAUUUUGGGACAAAGUAACGCCCCUUUUUACACAAAUGACAACACACAUCACACAAUUCAGUGCUUCCUAGUUUCAUGUAUCAAACAGUUCUUUCAGUUACAUUAAUACCAGGAAAAUCUGGAGAGUCCCCUGCUAAUUACAGAACCAUACAUUUAAUAACUUGUGACAAUAAAAUAAUAACAAAGCUCAUAAGCAAUAGAAUGGGAAAAGUCUUACCAGACUUGAUACAUAAUCAAACAGGGUUUAUUAAAAAUAAACACUUACAAACAAAUAAAAUAACAUGUUUGAGUUUAAUACAAUAUGCUAAAAAACAAGAUAAAGAUUUAUCAAUAAUGGCUGUUGAUGCCGAAAAGGCUUUCGACCGUCUUGAAUGGCGUUUUCUAUUCAAAACUUUGUAAGCUUUCAACACUCCAGCUGAAAUACAUUUAUCAAAAAUAUUAUAUACAUGUCCUAAAGCGAAAAUAUAUACAAAUAAUACAUUAUCUGAUAAAAUUGCUUUAGAAAGGGGUACAAGACAGGGAUGUCUUCUCCCCACCUCCCCUCCCUUUUCUGUUUGCACCGGCAAUUGAACCGCUUGCAGAAAGAAUUAGACAGGACCCAAACUUAACAGGUAUCAGUAUAGGUUAAAUAUGAAUAUGAAUAUAAACUGAACUUAUUUGCAGAUCUCCUGAUAUACCUGACCAAUAUUGAAAACUCAAUGCCCCCCUUGCUAAAAUUAUUUUUUUCAGAAUACUCUAAAAUCUCAGGAUAUAAAAUGUUAUGAUGGCAAUAGGAAAAAUAAAAAGAAUAUCUCAUGAUCUACAACAAUCCUUUAAGUGGACCAGAAAAAAUAUCAAACACUUAGGAUACUUAAUAAUUGACAAACAAAUAAAUAAUAAAUAUAACUGUAUCCCAUUCCUUAACAAUAUGAAAGCAGAUGUCAUUAUAUGGAACAAUCUUCCCAUAAAUCCACCAUGCUGCCUUGUUGACAAAAUGACAGAGCAGCACAGAUUACUGUUCGAUUUGAGAAUGGCACUCCUCCCUGCCCGAUGACGCUAUGGGCCUUUGUCCGGCCCUGCAUCUCAGCAUAAUCGAAUCCACCCAAUGAUCAUAAGAGCAGCUGCUCACCGAUUAACGCAGUUACACCUCAGACACCACCAAAACAACAGCUAUGCGGAUGUCGGCUGUUGCCGGUUAACGCUUGAUCUCAUCGAAUCUAAGCCUUGAUUAGCUAAGUAAAUUGUUGUCUCUCUGUGUUUCAGGUUGUGUGGAGGUACACAGGGGUGGUGCCUGUGAAUGCUCCAGCCAAUGUCAGAGUGAUGAAGUGGCUUCCUCAGAAUGAUUUGCUGGGUUGGUUUAAUCUCUCAUCAGUUAUAAUGAUAUAGUUAUAAUGAAAACCAUCUGGGGGAGUUACAGAAGGGCACUCUUCUCAGUGAACACAUCACACUACUGUUGUUUAUGUUGUUGCAAGAUAAUACUUAAUCUUCUCCUUUAUUUUGAUGUCAACUCCCUCAUGGUGAAUGUUCUAUGUUCUAUGUCCGGUUCUAGGCCACCCCAAGGUCAAGGCCUUCAUCACCCACGGAGGAACCCACGGUAUCUACGAGGGGAUCUGUAACGGCGUUCCCAUGGUGAUGCUGCCAUUGUUUGGUGACCAGGGUGACAACGUACACCGCAUGGCAGUGAGGGGAGUAGGGGAGGUGCUCAGUAUAUUCGAUGUCACCUCAGACAAACUGGUGGAGGCCCUCAACAAGGUCAUCAAUGACAAGAGGUCAGACAUCAUGUUAACAUAAUACUAGGAAGUAACAAUGUUACAAGCACAUCAUGUUAUGGACAAUUCCACGGUAACGGAAUUACGCUUUGACUCAGAUUUUUCACUUUAAAAUGUAUGCCAAACGAUAACCAUUGAUUUAUAAGUUUAACAAACCAUACAACUAUGCACAAGGAUUACUUUGAACAAUUUACAUAGAAGAUUUCACCAAAACACAUUUACUGGAAAAACUGUGCAAAUGCAAUGUUUGGUAACAGAAUUACGGUAAAAUCUCCCUCUAGUGUGCUCUACUGUACUGUACUGUUCUAUACUGUACUGUUCUAUACUGUACUGUUCUAUACUGUACUGUUCUAUACUGUACUGUUCUCUACUGUACUGUGAUGUCCAGACUUGUAAAACAUAGACGUCCAUGAUCGGUUCAGAUUUGGAUGUCCAUGGACUACUUUUCAAAGUCCAUGGACGUCCGGUGUUGGUCAGUGCUCAGUGGUUGAGGAUGCUUGUUACAUUAAAUGGAAAGAGAGUAGGUGGUAGAUGUCAUGGUAGGUGUCAGUAAGAGCCGGGAGAGGUGACAUUAACUGGAGAGAGAGAGAAGAGAGAGAGCGGCAGAGAAAGAGAGUGAGGGAUUGUCCAGACUUUUCACAAUGUUGCUUUAACCAUCAGACAACAGAAAGAAAACAUUUAUGAGCUGAACAUACAGUAUCUCACAAAUGUGAGUACACCCCUCACAUUUUUGUAAAUAUUUGAGUAUAUCUUUUCAUGUGACAACACUGAAGAAAUGACACUUUGCUACAAUGUAAAGUAGUGAGUGUACAGCUUGUAUAACAGUGUAAAUUUGCUGUCCCCUCAAAAUAACACAACACACAGCCAUUAAUGUAUAAACUGCUGGCAACAAAAGUGAGUACACCCCUAAGUGAAAAUGUCCAAAUUGGGCCCAAAGUGUCAAUAUUUUGUGUGGCCACCAUCAUUAUCCAGCACUGCCUUAACCCUCUUGGGCAUGGAGUUCACCAGAGCUUCACAGGUUGCCACUGGAGUCCUCUUCCACUCCUCCAUGACGACAUCACGGAGCUGUUGGAUGUUAGAGACCUUGCACUCCUCCACCUUCCGUUUGAGGAUGCCCCACAGAUGCUCAAUAGGGUUUAGGUCUGGAGACAUGCUUGGCCAGUCCAUUACCUUUACCCUCAGCUUCUUUAGCAAGGCAGUGGUCGUCUUGGAGGUGUGUUUGGGGUCAUUAUCAUGUUGGAAUACUGCCCUGUGGCCCAGUCUCCGAAGGGAGGGGAUCAUGCUCUGCUUCAGUAUGUCACAGUACAUGUUGUCAUUCACGGUUCCCUCAAUGAACUGUAGCUCCCCAGUGCCGGCAGCACUCAUGCAGCCCCAGACCAUGACACUCCCACCACCAUGCUUGACUGUAGGCAAGACACACUUGUCUUUGUACUCCUCACCUGGUUGCCGCCACACACGCUUGACACCAUCUGAACCAAAUAAGUUUAUUGGUCUCAUCAGACCACAGGACAUGGUUCCAGUAUUCCAUGUCCUUAGUAUGCUUGUCUUCAGCAAACUGUUUGCGGGCUUUCUUGUGCAUCGUCUUUAGAAGAGGCUUCCUUCUGGGACGACAGCCAUGCAGACCAAUUUGAUGAAGUGUGCGGCGUAUGGUCUGAGCACUGACAGGCUGACCCCCCACCCCUUCAACCUCUGCAGCAAUGCUGGCAGCACUCAUACGUCUAUUUCCCAAAGACAACCUCUGGAUAUGACGCUAAGCACGUGCACUCAACUUCUUUGGUCGACCAUGGCGAGGACUGUUCUGAGUGGAACCUGUCCUGUUAAACCGCCGUAUGGUCUUGGCCACCGUGCUGCAGCUCAGUUUCAGGGUCUUGGCAAUCUUCUUAUAGCCCAGGCCAUCUUUAUGUAGAGCAACAAUUCUUUUUUUCACAUCCUCAGAGAGUUCUUUGCCAUGAGGUGCCAUGUUGAACUUCCAGUGACCAGUAUGAGGGAGUGUGAGAGCGAUGACACCAAAUCUAACACACCUGCUCCCCAUUCACACCUGAGACCUUGUAACACUAACGAGUCACAUGACACUGGGGAGGCAAAAUGGCUAAUUGGGCCCAAUUUGGACAUUUUCAAUUAGGGGUGUACUCACUUUUGUUGCCAGCGGUUUAGACAUUCAUGGCUGUGUGUUGAGUUAUUUUGAGGGGACAGCAAAUUUACACUGUUAUACAAGCCGUACACUUACUACUUUACAUUGUAGCAAAGUGUCAUUUCUUCAGUGUUGUCAGAUGAAAAGAUAUACUCAAAUAUUUACAAAAAUGUGAGGGGUGUACUCACUUUUGUGAGAUACAGUAAGUAUGCCAGUGAAAGGGAGGACAGUAGCAGGUGACCCAACUGUGGUUUGUGACUACUAUGAUUUCCCAUGGUAGCCAAUUCAAUUGCAGUAAUUCCGUUACCGAUUUGGGAACAGAAUUACGAGUUUUAAUCACUUCAUUAUUCAUAAACAAACUUGAUACCACUAAAAACACUAUAACUAAUUGUUAAAUCUACCUUUACUUGUUACUUCUAUGAACUCAUUAUCCUCCCUCUUCAUGAGGGAGAGAAAAUAUCUUAAAGAUAUGUGGGUUUUUGGUAACAGAAGGCACAAGGCAAUGUUUCUUAAACUUACAAAAGACAAAUAAUUUCUCCAAAAUGAAAUAUAAGUGUUGAUAUUGGCUGGGUUCUUUAAUUCAACAUUAUUGUCACGGUUCAGACAGACGACCAGAGGACCACAAUUGCGUCACACCAGAAAGUUUAUUAAAACUUAAGGGAAAAGGGAAGUAGGGAGUGAAUGAAGGCUCCAGGGGUAACAGGGAUCCCGUCCAAUGUGCUGGGUCUGUGCCCCCCCCAGUGGCAGCGAUGCGUCCUAUGAAGCCGGUGGUGGGUGGUCCAGAAGUCCUGGGGGGGGGAGACACAGACACAACAGGGCGGAAUGAAACAAGGCAGCAGUACAGUUCAAGGGAAUUCCAAAAUACGUAGUAGCAAGGCAGAAGGCUGGUCAGAGUUACCGGGAUUGAAGAGUAGUCAGGAGUCGUUAUGGCAGAAGCAGGUCUGGAUCUCCUGGGGCAGAAGAGUAUCCAAAAAUCAGGCAGGUCCGGGGUCACAAAACCAGGGUGAGCCAGAAGCGCGAGCAAACAGGUUCCGGGUGUGAGCUUUGCAGACGAUCUGACACCGGAGAGCUGAAAGACAGGGCCUUAAAUACUGGGAGAGGUAGUGGGUAAUGCAGCGCAGCUGGCAGAGUAAUUAGAGCAGAGCAGAGCAGGGACAGGUGGAGCUAGUUAGGCUGAGUAGAGAGAGUGGUGAGCAGAGUGGAAGAAAAUUAAGGUGGUAACCCGGUGGAGUGAGAGGCUCAUGACAGAACCCCCCCCCCAAGGGACGGCCCCAGAAGUCCCAAGAGCAACACCACGCCGGGCGGGAGGAGGGGAGCCGGAGGAGGGCUAGAACUCCUCCGAACGGUCCGAGUGAACGUCCUCAUCCUCGGAGGAAGCCGGAGGGCCGUGGUCGGGAGAUGGGACAGGUCCCGAGACAGGAUCAGGCACAGGACAGGAAGCCGAGCGGGCAGGACGGUUAGGGACCCCUCUGGGGCGGCCCCUACGGAUUGCAGGUUGAUCAGGAUGCCGUUGGUGGAAAGCGGUGAUGAGAGUCCUAUCCACAAUCCGACUAGCUGGCACCCAGGUCCUUUCCUCAGGUCCAUAGCCCUCCCAGUCAAUGAGGUACUGGAGACCCCUACCCCUCCGUCUGGACCGAAGCAGGCGGCGGACGGUGUAAACCAGACCACCAUCGACGAGCCGUGGAGGAGGAGGACAAGGCGCAGCAGGGACCAGCGGACUCUCAUGGAUGGGCUUAAUCUUAGACACAUGGAAAGUGGGGUGCACCCUCAGGGAAUUAGGCAGUUGGAGCCGGACAGCAGUUGGGCUAAUCACUCUUAUGAUAGGGAAUGGGCCAAUGAACCGAGGUGCCAGCUUCUGCGACUCCACCCUGAGUGGCAGGUUCUUCGAUGACAACCACACCCUUUGACCAACAUGGUAGGUGGGAGCAGGAAUUCUCCGACGGUUGGCCCCGGUAGUGUAGCUGGCAACGGAUCUGAGGAGUGUGGCUCGGGCUUGUGACCAGGUGCGGCGACAUCGACGGGCAAAAGCAAGUGCAGAUGGGCAAGUAACCUCCUCUUCCUGGCUGGCAAAUAGAGGAGGCUGGUAUCCAUAAACACAUUGGAAAGGGGACAUACCGAUGGCAGAGCAGGUCAGAGAAUUGUGUGCGUACUCCACCCAUGUCAAUUGCUGCGACCAGGAGUGGGGGUUGCGUGAAGUCAUGCAUCGCAGUGCCUUCUCGAGCUCCUGAUUAGCCCGCUCUGACUGCCCAUUGGAUUGGGGAUGGAAUCCGGAAGUCAGACUGACUGUGGCUCCCAGCAGGUGACAGAACUCCUUCCAAAAAGCGGAGGAGAAUUGUGGACCACGGUCAGAAACUACAUCCUUUGGCAGUCCGUGGAUCCGGAAGACGUGUUCCAGGACCACCUGGGCGGUCUCCUUGGCGGUUGGGAGCUUGGGGAGGGGAAUGAAGUGUGCCAUCUUGCUGAAACGGUCAACUAUGGUGAGAAUGACGGUCAUGCCACUUGAAGGGGGCAGCCCCGUGACAAAGUCAAGGGCGAUGUGAGACCAGGGACGUCUGGGCACAGGCAGGGGCUGCAGCAAUCCGGCUGGGGGCUGGCAGGACGACUUGUGUUGGUUGCAGAUGGGGCAGGCUUGGACGAAUUCCCGUACAUCCUUUCUCAGAGAGGGCCACCAGAACCUCUGGGCGAGCAGGUUGUAAGUGCGGGUGGAGCCAGGGUGACAAGCUAGGCGGGAGUCAUGUCCCCACUGAACGACCUGGGACCUCAGGUCUUCGGGGACAAAAAGGCGGUCAGCUGGGCAAGUGCUGGGACCUGGCUGGUUACGGAGAGCCUCCAGCACCUGUUCCUCAACAGCCCAGGUCAGAGCUGCAACGAUGCAGGGACUUGGCAGAAUCGACACAGGGUCCUUGGAGGGGGUGUCAUCCUUCUGGAAUUGACGGGAGAGGGCGUCUGGCUUGGUGUUGCGUGAUCCAGGCCGGUAUGACAGAGUGAAAUUAAACCUGGUGAAGAACAGGGCCCAGCGGGACUGCCUGGAGUUCAACCGUUUGGCCGUGCGGAUGUACUCCAAGUUCUUAUGAUCGGUCCAAACGAGAAAUGGAAUGGUGGACCCCUCCAGCCAGUGACGCCACUCCUCCAAGGCAAGCUUCACAGCCAGCAGCUCACGGUUCCCUAUGUCGUAAUUGCACUCAGAGGGGGACAACCGACGUGAGAAAAAGGCACAGGGAUGGAGCUUCCUAUCCUCCGCAGCCCACUGAGAAAUCACAGCACCAACUCCCACAUCCGAGGCGUCCACCUCCACAAUGAAUUGCCGGUCCACAUCAGGCAUCUGGAGGAUGGGAGCGGAGGUGAACCUCACCUUGAGGGUACUGAAGGCUUUGUCGGCUGCUGGGGUCCAGGUGAAGGGUUGCUUGGUGCUGGUUAGAGCAGUGAGAGGGGCAGCAACGGUACUGUAGUUCCGGAUAAACUUUCUAUAGAAGUUAGCAAACCCCAGAAACUGUUGCAGCUUCUUUCUGUUCUCCGGAACUGGCCAUGAAGUGACUGCUGAUACUUUGGCAGGAUCCAUUUGGAUACUUCCCUCUGCCACUAUGUACCCCAGGAAGGCCACUGUCUUGACGUGAAACUCACAUUUCUCUGCCUUGGCGUAGAGGGAAUUCUCCAGAAGACGAUGAAGGACUUGCUGGACAUGGCGGGUGUGUUCAGACAGGUUUCUGGAGUAGAUUAAGAUGUCAUCCAGGUAAACGAAGACAAACUUGUUUAACAUGUCCCGCAGUACAUCAUUCACUAGAGCCUGGAACACAGCAGGAGCAUUGGUGAGGCCAAAAGGCAUAACCAGAUACUCGUAGUGGCCUGUUGGUGUAUUGAAUGCGGUUUUCCAUUCAUCUCCCUCCCGGAUCCGCACUAGGUGGUAAGCGUUUCUGAGAUCCAACUUGGUAAAAACAGUGGCUCCCUGGAGCAACUCAAAAGCAGAGGUGAGCAGAGGCAGAGGGUAACGGUUCUUCACUGUGAUGUCGUUGAGUCCCCUGUAGUCGAUGCAGGGGCGAAGAGAUCCGUCCUUCUUCCCCACAAAGAAGAAGCCAGCACCAGCAGGAGAUGAAGAUGAACGGAUUAAUCCUGCGGACAGAGAGCCAUUGAUGUAGUCCUCCAUGGACUUUCUUUCAGGAGCAGACAACGAAUAAAGACGACCCUUUGGAGGGGCUGUUCCAGGGAGGAGGUCGAUGGCACAGUCGUACGGUCGGUGAGGGGGCAGAGAUGUGGCUCUUGCUUUGUUAAACACCUCUCUGAGACCAUGGUAGCAUUCUGGGACAUUGGAGAGGUCAGGAGCGGAGUUAGUAGGUACUGGCCGAGGGGGUAGUGCGGCAGCAAGCAGGCAGGUUCGGUGGCAGUCCUCUCCCCACUCCCUGAUCACCCCGGUCACCCAGUCGAGCUGAGGGUUGUGCCGGCGGAGCCAUGGGUAACCCAGGAUGAGGGGUUGGCCUGGAGAGGGGAGCAGGUGAAACUGGAUAGUUUCUUGAUGGUUUCCGGACAGACCCAUCGAGACCGGGGCCGUGACAUGAGUGACCGAUCCGAGUAAGUGUCCGUCCAGUGCCCGGGCAGGAAUAGGAGGUGUCAAACGGAGGUUCUCCAGUCCCAGUUGGCGUGCCAGCUUGAUGUCCAUUAUGUUGGCUUCGGCGCCAGAAUCCACCAGAGCAGCCAGGGUGUGAGUUGAGUCAGAGAGGCGGAGGUGAACUUGCAGCAGGGGUUUGCGGUCGGAGGACUGGAUGGUCAUUGAACUCAACCGGACUCCCCCUAUGCCCGGUGAGCUUCGGCCCUUUAAAGGGCAGGUUACCACACGAUGUCCAUCACCUCCACAAUAGAGGCAGAGGUUUGAGGUGAAGCGGCGCUGGCGCUCUGCAGGAGUGAGAGAGGCUCGCCCAAUCUCCAUAGGCUCAGACUGAUCAAGCUGACCUGGGUGAGUGGCAGUAGAUGACAGGAGCCCAGUCGGAUCUCUCCGAAUGCCGGUAGUAGGUGGACCUUGGCGCCCCCUCUCACGACGACGGGUCUGUAUCCUUCUGUCGAUCCUGACAGUCAGUGCGAUGGCUUCAUCAAGAGUGGAAGGCAGUUCAUGGGAGACCAACUCGUCCUUGAUAUAGUCAGCCAAACUAUGGAAGAACGCGUCCACCAACGAUGGUGUGUUCCAAGAACUUCGUCUAGCCAGGGUUCGGAAGUCGAUGGAAUGGUCUGCGACUGUACGUCUGCCUUGUCGAAUACUGAAUACGUCUGCCUUGCCGGCUGCAAUGACCGGGGCAGGUAACUCGGGGGCAGGGCUGGUGGGCAGACUGGCUGGGGUAAGGUUGGUGAGGAGUUGAAUGAUCAUGGCGAGUUGUUGUUGCUGCUGCUGGAACUGCUGCUCAUGCUCAUCGGUUUCCAUGUCGGGGAAAGUGUGCGCUGAGUCCAUAAUGGUCAGAUCGUACUGUCACGGUUCAGACAGACGACCAGAGGACCACAAUUGCGUCACACCAGAAAGUUUAUUAAAACUUAAGGGAAAAGGGAAGUAGGGAGUGAAUGAAGGCUCCAGGGGUAACAGGGAUCCCGUCCAAUGUGCUGGGUCUGUGCCCCCCCCAGUGGCAGCGAUGCGUCCUAUGAAGCCGGUGGUGGGUGGUCCAGAAGUCCUGGGGGGGGGAGACACAGACACAACAGGGCGGAAUGAAACAAGGCAGCAGUACAGUUCAAGGGAAUUCCAAAAUACGUAGUAGCAAGGCAGAAGGCUGGUCAGAGUUACCGGGAUUGAAGAGUAGUCAGGAGUCGUUAUGGCAGAAGCAGGUCUGGAUCUCCUGGGGCAGAAGAGUAUCCAAAAAUCAGGCAGGUCCGGGGUCACAAAACCAGGGUGAGCCAGAAGCGCGAGCAAACAGGUUCCGGGUGUGAGCUUUGCAGACGAUCUGACACCGGAGAGCUGAAAGACAGGGCCUUAAAUACUGGGAGAGGUAGUGGGUAAUGCAGCGCAGCUGGCAGAGUAAUUAGAGCAGAGCAGAGCAGGGACAGGUGGAGCUAGUUAGGCUGAGUAGAGAGAGUGGUGAGCAGAGUGGAAGAAAAUUAAGGUGGUAACCCGGUGGAGUGAGAGGCUCAUGACAAUUAUUGUGUUUUUAUGUAUUUCUAGUACAUUUUAAGACUUUUUCUAGUAGAUGAUGUCUAAGACCCAUUUUCUAUCGGUUUGACCAGAAAUAAAAGUGUUUGCUUAUUCCUAAAUAUUUGGAUGGAAAAUGGUUGAAAAAUAUAUGCCUUGAUUAAAAAAAAUAUAGACGCAUAGCUUUCAUUUGACACCCAAUUUGACAUGCUCCUAUGAACUUUACAUGUUGGUGCUCAUGCGUCCUUUUAGAUGGACAUGUCUUUAUAUAUAAUAGGAGAUAUUGUGAACUCAAGAAGCAGUGCAAACAGUACAGAGACCAAAUCCUAACUUGAAAUCCACACACAUAAUAUUGAGUUUCAGUACAAAUAUCAUAUUGUCAGCAAUCCAUUAUUGAGGUGACAGUCUGAGUUCCUCGUCAGAAGAACCCACUUCCUUCACUGGUACUGUAUUAGCAGCCAUGAGGAGGUCUAUGAGGAGAUUACAAACCCUGAUGCAUUCCUCAUGUUCUCUAUCCUUCCUCCUCAGUUACAAGGAGAAGAUGCUAAAGCUGUCAGCGGUGCAUAAGGACCGUCCCAUCGAGCCGCUGGACCUGGCCGUAUUCUGGACAGAGUUCGUGAUGCGCCACGGAGGAGCCGACCACCUGAGACCCGCUGCUCACGACCUGAACUGGAUCCAGUACCACAGUCUGGACGUGUUCGCUCUGCUACUUACUAUAGUUCUGACUGUUGUCAUGGUCACCGUUAAAUGCUGCAAAGUCUGCUUCCGCAAGUGCUGUGGAAUGAUUUGGACAAUGAAGAUGAAGAGUGAGUGAAUGUCCUUCCUGUGGCCGAGGCUGGGAUUCAAUCAAAGGCUCGUUGUAGAGCGUUGUCGACAAUAAUGUGCCUUUUACAGGCAAUGUUUACAUGUUUGCUGAGAUCGCAUUCGCGUUAAAUGCUGCAGAUGUCGGCUCAAUCAACUCAAAUUACCUUCAAAUGUUAAGUGCGCUACAACGCUACGGAUUGAAUACCAGCCAAGCCUUAAGGCACUAGAGUCCAGUGAAGCUAUACUGCCACCUCUAGGCCCUGUGUGUAUAACAGGGAGGACAUAAUGUAGGCUACUGUAGGUUGAAGGAAAGGAAAACUUGUCAAAAAACUGCUCAGUAAACCCACUCCUGCGUUUGUAUGGUGUGUGAGUGAGAAGGGUUUGUGUGUAGUGGGGGGAGCUUGUUUAUGUUUGAUAUCUCAGGAUAAUGUCAAAGUAACUUCAUGCAUCUGUUAUCAAUAUGGCCUGAGGCUUGCAUCCAGCAAGACAUUAGUCCCAUUUCUCAACCACUGUGCCUUUGGCCUAGAUUACAUCUGUAUUGCGGAAGAUCAGUGAAAUAGUGCGAUUUAAAUUUAAAGGCAAUGUU